GCCGACGUGAGCGGCGCGUGGGCGUCAGAGUUGGGUGCAGAUGGCGCCGCCAACGGCUGGAACUUUUUCUACCUAGCCGGCCGGUGGUACCGACAGAGGUUCACGGCCUCACAUCCUGCCGGGCGCUAACAAGAGCAGCGGGCAUUGGACUCGACUGCGGCCGACGUAUGACAACACCGCCUCCAGCUAUAGGCUCAUUGAAGGUGUGGAAGCGCGCCUACAAAAGGCAAGGGCCACAGCUGGCACCUAUUCCGCCACCGGGCGAGAGCGCGGCGUUCGUUCUGACGAAGGAGGGUUACCGGCCUCUGGCUCUGCGUCCAGCGGGUGGGUCGUCCACAGGUGCAGGCACAGGUGCCUAUGAGUAUGACGAGGCGCUGGCAUCGAUCGAUGCGCGGCUGAAAGCCAUUGAGCGUGACGGCGUCAGCCCGGAUGAUCGCUUUGCGUAUGCCGGGGCCCGGGGUGCGCACUAGAGUCGACUUGGAGUGCAGCUAGUUGGGAGCACUUGGGCAUGUAUUCAUGCUUUUAUUCAAA